GAGUACGUUAAAAAGAAGAAGAGGAGGAAGAAGGAGCUCCUCUGAAUUUCACGGUUCGUUCUCUCUUAUCCUCAGCUUUCCAUCAAAAUCAAUAAGGUUUCCGAUUCCAAUCGCUCUUGAGAAAAAAUUUCUUCCAUCUUAAUCUAAUCUGUAAAUUUUCGAUCGUGUCGAAUUCUUCUUUCACCAGCUUCCAUGUGUGAUCGACUGAGCAUUUACUGCCAUUGAAGAGCGAUUUCAGAGUUGGAGUAAGUUGGAGUCAACUAUGACUUUGCACCGAUACUUUGUUAUCGUUAUAAUCGCAAUUCUUUCGGAUUCUUUAACAAUCGCCGAGGAGUUAACGCCCUGCGAAACCGGGAAUUCGGCGGAAUUUGUACACCAUCCGUUUGGAUUCGCAAACAAAAGCGAAAUCAAAUUGAAUUGCAGCGAAAAUGGCGAGAUUCAAAUCGGAAGAUUCCAGGUCCAGAACAUUACUGAAAGGAGUAUCCUCAUCAAACUUCCUUCAGAAUGCAAUAUCUCUAUCGAUUCAAUUUCAGAACUGUUCGGCAAAAACUACAGGCCCACUCUCCGCAACAGUCUCCUCUUGAAUUGUACUGAACGACCUAUUCCAUGCGGAGUAAUAGCCAAUUUCGACCAGAAUCAGCCGCAGAACUGCGGCUUUAAUAGCAGUAAUUUGAGCUGCUUCACCGAGCCCAAGCAAAAUGGAUUUAUGCCGGCUUUAGAUAAGUGCCAGUCCCUAUUAUACUCUGUCUUCGUUAAUUCUUCAUCAGAAUCGAUCUCCGAGAUCGAGUUCGGGGUCAUUGAGUUAGAGUGGUGGCUCUCACCCUUGGCUUCUGGAGGAUGCGCAAAAAACGCCAAUCCCACGGACAUUACCAACUCGACGGGCCUCCUAGGAUUUCGUUGCCAAUGCACGAAAGGAUAUGAAGGAAAUGCUUACGCCGGCGUCGGCCACGGCUGCCGGAAAGUUUCUCACAAGUGCAAUCCUAAAACAUUCAUUACUGGCCGCUGUGGCGGAGGCAGAUUCACUUUUCUGAUUGCAGGUGUUUUUGUUGGAGCUUUUCUAAUGGCUGGCCUCACCCUCAUCUGUUAUUGCAUCCGACGCCGCUCAAUGUGUCUGAAAGGUCAGAUGAGUGCGAAGCGGCUUCUAAGUGAGGCUGCUGGAAAUUCGAGUGUAACUUUAUAUCCCUACAAGGAAAUAGAAAGAGCCACUAAUGGCUUCUCUGAGAAACAAAGGCUGGGAACUGGAGCCUUUGGUACAGUCUAUGCAGGGAGGCUUCAUGAGGAUGAGUGGGUUGCUGUGAAGAAGAUCAAAUAUAGAGACCACAAUAGCAUUGAUCAGGUCAUGAAUGAGAUAAAACUACUCUCUUCGGUGAGCCACCCAAAUCUAGUCCGCUUGCUUGGCUGCUGCAUUGAAGAAGGCCAACAGAUCCUUGUCUAUGAGUUUAUGCCCAAUGGAACUCUCUCCCAACAUCUCCAGAGAGAGCGUGGAAAUGGCCUUCGAUGGACGACAAGGCUCACCAUUGCAGCUGAAACUUCCAAUGCAAUAGCAUACCUACAUUCUGCUGUGCAUCCACCAAUAUAUCACAGAGAUAUCAAGUCAAGCAAUAUACUUUUGGAUCAUGGAUUCAAAUCAAAAGUUGCAGAUUUUGGUCUUUCUAGACUUGGUAUGACAGAAAUAUCACACGUCUCAACCGCUCCACAAGGAACUCCAGGCUAUGUUGAUCCACAAUACCAUCAAAAUUUCUAUCUUUCAGAUAAAAGUGACGUUUAUAGUUUUGGAGUAGUGCUAGUAGAGAUAAUAACAGCAUUGAAAGUGGUUGAUUUCACUCGUCCCCAGAGUGAAGUAAACCUAGCAGCACUUGCCAUUGAUAGGAUUGGGAGAGGUGCUGUGGAUGAACUAAUUGAUCCUUUCCUCGAGCCACAUAGAGAUGCUUGGACCCUCUACUCUAUUCACAAGGUGGCUGAGCUUGCAUUCAGAUGCCUUGCUUUUCAUAGCGACAUGAGGCCUUCAAUGACAGAAGUAGCAGAGGAACUGGAAUCCAUCAGACGCAACGGGUGGACAUCAAUGGAGGAGAAUCUUUGUGCAGCAUCAUCAGCAGGGUCGGCUUGCUCAUCUCCUCGUAGUAUAAGCGAUAGGUCUAUAAGUAGCAUUACAAUUAAGAAGGCCGGGCUGCUUGCAGGACUGGGGAGCCAGAGAUUGAUAAUCCCACCAGAGAACAAUCAUCAAAAGGACCAUCUGCCUCCUGUAGAGGAGGUUACGGAUAGUUCCCCAGUUUCCAUACAAGAUCCUUGGUUAAGUGAACAAAGCUCACCUUCAACAAAUAGUUUAUUGGGUAAUGUAGUACGGUGAAAAUAGAGGAAAAAGAAGAAGGGGAAGCUCUUUUGUAGGACAUUUAAGGUCUUACACUUCACCAUGAUUUGUAUAUCCAAUGGAAAACAUUUAAUGUCUCAAGCA